AUGUGUAAGUAACCUUCGCUCAAUCGAGAGCGCGCUCUUCACGCGGAGCUGACGAUGUGUUGCCUCUUCUACCCUGCCUGUUAGCGGAACACACUCUGCCCCAGCUCCCUUACGCAUACAAUGCUCUCGAGCCCGCCAUCUCUGCACAGAUUAUGGAGAUUCACCAUUCCAAGCAUCACCAGGCAUACGUCACCAACCUGAACGCCGCCGAGAAGGCUUACGCCCAGGCUGCCAGCGCCUCGGACGUUCGCAAGCAGAUUGAGAUUCAAUCUGCUAUCAAGUUCAACGGAGGUGGUGAGUGCGGUGGAAUGCUAGCUUUUCAGAGAGGCAAAUGCGGGCUAUGUAUGAGUAACUUGCCAAGCUCACGCUUCACGCUUGGUCGCUACCCAGGACACCUUAACCACACCCUGUUCUGGAAGAACUUGGCCCCCUCCAGCCAGGGCGGAGGUCAACUCAAGGAUGGUGCGUCAAAGCUGCAAUCAGCUCGCACAACGCGCGUGCUAAACAUGACGUUUUGUCUCUAUAGGUGUUCUCAAGCAGGCUAUCGACCGCGACUUUGGUUCGCUCGACAAGCUCAAGGAGCAGUUUAACAAGACCACUGCCGCCGUGCAGGGCUCCGGUUGGGGAUGGCUUGGCUACAGCCCAACCACUCAGAAGCUCGAGGGUGAGUUUGACAGCAGGUAUUGGACCAAGGAGGAAACAGCGGCAUUCUUACUUUGCCAUACUCGCCCCUGCGCCGCCUCGCAGUCGUGACCACCAAGGACCAGGACCCUCUGAUCACCCACGCACCUCUGCUUGGCGUUGAUGUUUGGGAGCAUGCCUACUACCGUGAGUGAUAUCAUUGCCCGUAGACUUUCCUCGAACUCCGCUGAUCCUUGUGUACUCCCAAAUACCAUAGUCCAAUACCAGGUUAGCCUCUCAGCGUCACCCCUCUCUCACCGCUCGCCCGCAGCUAGCUGACGGCUCCCUCUCGACCCACACAGAACUUGCGUCCUAAGUACCUUGAGGCCAUCUGGUAAGUCCGGGGCUUCGCGGCACUGCUAGGUCGGUCGCUCACAUCUGGAUCGGCCGCGCAGGUCUGUCAUCAACUUUGACGAGGCCGAGAAGCGUCUCAGCGAGGCCCAGAAGAAGGCUCAGCUUUGA